CUGGCUAUCUCUAUGGUGGUUACGACUACCUCAUUACCUCCAGCACCCGAUCGAUUCCCUGGACGGCAGGAAUAUUUACUAAGAAGGCGUGAUAACACCACCAACCCCCGAACGUCACGGUCGCGGCGAAGACUCGGAGCUGGACAAAAUGCGUAGCCUCACCACCCUCGGCCUCAUCCUCACCCUCCUUCCACUCACAGCCCUCUCAUCCCCAGUCAUCCCAAACCAAGCUCAAGAUGUUGCAAACACAAACACAAACCCGACAAUGGAGGAACCGGCCACUGGCAUGAUGCUUGAAUCCCGCGAAGUCUCCCCGAACAAAACAUGCGGCCUAGUCGAAGCAGGCGGCAACCGGGGGUACACCUGUCCCUCCGACGCCUCCUGCUGCUCGCGGUACGGGUACUGCGGCACGGGCGACAUCUUUUGCCUGACCACAGCGGGUUGCCAAUCGCGCUACUCCAACUCUUCGGCCGCGUGCGUCGCGCCCCGCAACGGCACCACCGUCUCCAUUGAUGGUACAUGUGGUAUGACAGGUGCGGGGAGGAAUGGAUACCGUUGUCCGGCGAAUGGGACUACUUGUUGCUCUGCUGCGGGGUACUGUGGGAAUACGACCGAUCAUUGCAAUGUCAACAACGGGUGCCAGGCUGCGUAUGGGACUUGUACGGGCAGGAGGACACCGAGGAAUCUGCUUGAGUUGUUGUUGCUUUCUUAAGGAAUGGCUGAUGUAUCUAGUGGGAGACUCGAGAAAAGCACACCAACCGACUUGAAGCGGUGGGUUGAAGUGGUCGGGUACUUGUACGCAACACGUCCUGUUACUUGCCGAAAAGGGAUCUGGAUCUGAACCGGAAUCAUGUGUAAAAACAUUGAACGGUCCGCUAAAAUGUUUUCUGUAAAUAGUCAUCUAGAGAUC